GUCCUCGGCUGUGCUGCGGAACCUAAGAGAAGAGGCAGGGAAGACUUGGCUACCCGCAUCAUGGCCAGCUGCCGUCACCACUCGGGAUACCUGGCCGAUGACGAGGCUGGCCACAGCACUCUGUCUGCCCAGGUGCAGCCCAAGAAGCCACUGUUGCCAGAAAUGGGGCCAGCUUCCAAGCUGAGUCGUGUGCCAUAUCCCCCAACAAUGAGUGACAGUUCAGCGCACCAGGGCCACCGACCCGACCCUAAGUGCCCUCAGGCCUUUGGCAGCUUCCUGGAUUUCCUGACUCAGGGUCAGGUGCUGGACAGCCUGCAGUCAGUGGUAGAGGAGGCAACAGAGCGCUUGGCUGCUAUGAAGACAGAUGCUGGGGUGCCACUGGUGGAGGUGAAGGACCCUGUGGAGGUGCCGAGUGGUGCUCGGCGGGUGAGGCCCCGACCCAGCUUCAACACUGUGCAUCGGCACCGUGCUCGACCCACCCUCUGCACUGGAGAUCCCAACAAUUACCCAUCCUGCUCCAGUUCCAUGUCUGACUCCCAUAGCAGCCUCAAGGUUGGCUGUCUGGGUUCCCACAACCGAGAUAGUGAGCUGGGUGCCCAAGGCUUGGGCUCACUGCCACCCAUGAAGGACACACUCCUGCUGGAGAAAAGCCUCAAGCGGCUGCAGCGGCUGGAGAACAAAGGGAGAGUCCUGACUCAACCCAACUCUCAGAGGAACUCCCUGCUAUGGGACUCCCUAGACAGCCAGACCAGUAGCCAAUGGACUCAGGAGCAGCCCUUGUCCUGGUUCUCAGGGCUGCUGGGCUCCUGCCCAGGCACCCCUUCAGCAUCAGAGCUGGGACCUGGAGAGCGGGAGCUGAUGUUCCUCAAACGAGAGUUCAACAGGGAGAUGAAGUCAUUGCUCAGCCAGCCAGCAUCCUUCGACCUGCCUGGCUACUGCUCGCUCCGUGAACCCUAUCACACACUGGACUUCCUGGCCAAGCAUCACCUCUUCCCUGCCUUGCACAACGUGGUCAGCCAGGCUGUGGACAAGCUCAGUGGUGCCCGCCGCCAUGAUGGCUGCCCUCUCUUCCCUGCCACCGAACCCAAUGUACCAGUUAACCAUCUGCGGCAGCCAGAUUCUAAGCUGGUCACACCCAAAGAAGGGGAGGAACCCUACAAUUCCCUUCCCACCACAGCCUCCAGCCCUAAGAUGUUUUGGAGGAAAAACAAGAGCAGACGGGGCUCCCCCACCAUGUCUAAUGCCCAGAUGGCCACCAGAUUCAGGCUGAAGAGCUCCAACAACAGGUUCACAAAGAAGAAGCCGCUGCCCUCAAUCUUAUCCAAGUCCAGCAUGUCCCACGUCUCCAACCCCUGGUAUGAAGAGCUCAUCAACUUCUUGAUCGAGCGAGCAGUCUCCCUGCUCCUAUGCAAGCACAAGUUCGAGGACGGCCUCAACAAGCAGCUUGGCUUUAUCUCCUUUCCUGUCACUGAGACGCUCAUGGAUAUCAUCUUGGGCUUCAAGAAGGUGAAGGGUUCCCAUAUCUGCCUAUCUUCAAAUAUUGACUGGAGCUGCCUGCUGGAGAAGCUGGAGAAGGCCGAGUUGGAACGGCCGGUCUCAAAGCAGACCUCCCAAACAGCAGCCACUGCCCAGGGGGAUGCCUCUGGGCAAAACACAGAGUCCCCCUCCACACAGCUUGAGCUAGCCACUGACAGCAAUCAAGACCAGACCACUGAGUCCCACCAAUCCCUCUACACCGAGUCGCCAAUCCACCCGCUGCCCAGCCCUCAGGAAUCCACUACAGUUGAGGAGCAGAUACCCACAAAUUUACCAGAGCCUAAGCUCUCUGUGUUCUCCAUCAUCAACAUGGGCUCCAGUUCCCACAAAUCUAAGGAAAUGGUUGAGGAUGAGGAUGAGGAUGAGGUUGAGGACGAGGAUGAGGACGAGGUUGAGGAAAAGGAUAAGGAGUCCUACGAAUAUCUGAGCGAGUACCUGAACCCCCUCAAGCCUGAAUCAGAGGGCUUGAUCAGCCCCUCUGUGGACACUGUCCACAGUGACCCCCCAUGA